GGUUCCGAUAUGAUAAACGAAUUCAACGAUCAUCCUGCUGAAGACUUCUUAAAAGCAGUCGUAGCUUACGUGGAAGUCAGAUCCGGUCGCGAAAAUUGGUCAGAAACGAUCGCGAAUCGGCUCCGACAAAUGGGUGCCCAAAUAUUUCCACGUAUCCGUAAAUCGACUACCCACGUUAUAUUCAAGGAAGGUAGAAAAAGCACAAGAGACAUAGCGAUGGCGAAAGGAAUACAUCUCGUAUCCGUGUUGUGGGUCGAAAGUUGUGGACAACGUAAAUGUCACGUUCCCGAAUCGGAAUAUCCAGCCAACAUUCCAAAAGUUUAUGAUUCUCCAUUAUUUUGUAAGAAAUUUCAAAAAUCAAAUUCUAUGCAACCAAAAGAUUUUAUUGUUAAAUUUCCCAGAAAAUUAAAAAGAUUAGAAAAAAUUCUCAUGCAAGUUCAGGAAAACAGCGAAAAGUUUAAAAUUGCAAGUUCUUUUAUUGACAGUGAAGCUUACUGUUUAACAAAGUUCAAAAAAUAUUCAGAUGUGAAAGAAGUUUAAAAUCAUAAUCAUUCUUUGAUGUAUAAAUAUAUAUUAUGUAAAAUUCAAAGUAUUAAAUUUUUUUGAUAUUUUGUGCAUAGAUCCUUUUCAACAGUAGAAUUCUCUAAAAUUUAAAACUGUAAAAUGAUUUUUAAUAAUAAAAAC